CUGAGCAAACUCUACUGCAGUACCGUUUGUAAGUUAAGUUAAGUUUGAAAAGGUUUUAUCUUGUUGACUCCUUUGCAAUGACUGCUCUGUGGCAUGGAUCAUGCCGUGGAUUAAAGAAGGUUGACCCAAUGGCCUACGAUGUCCUCUUAGGCCCUGUGUGUGACAACAGACAUUGGACACUUGUGGUCCUUUAUCCAAAGGAGAGGCGUGCAGUUUACAUAGACCCUCUAGGAGAAACACCUGACCACAUAAUCAAAUGCAGGGAUGUAACACGAGCUUUCAUGAGGCAAAAAAACCUACACAUCUCUAGAUGGACUUGUGACACAAUUAACCAUCCACGUCAGCAGGACGCAACAUCUUGUGGAGUAUUUGUGUGCAAGUUUGCAGAGUGUCUCCUAACUGGUGAGGUGUUAGAUUUCAAGACCGAUGAAGCUGCUGUGACACAGUUGAGAUGGGAAAUAGCUUGCCAACUGGUCACAGAGUCAGAAAAUUUGUCAGAACUGUGCAGAGCCUGCGGGAAUGCCUACCAAAGUCCAGCAAGAAACAAAGAUGGCCGUGAUGAUUGGAUCCAGUGUACAGCUUGCAGUCUUUGGUUCCAUUUAAUUUGUGUUGGAAGGCCUCCAUUGGACCGAAACUACUACUGUCCAGCAUGUACACUGUAAAAGGGACUGUAUCUGUCAAUAGCCACAUACAUUCAUUGUUCAUUUACUAUUUGAAUUUUUGAAAUUGCUACUUAAUUUUUUAUACAUUGACUCAGAACCUGCCUCAUCAAACGACUCUUCCAAAGUUUCAGUCCAAACCAAGGGCAACCUAUAGUAGACACAUUGACGAUUAAAUAUUAUAAAAGGAAUUCCGUUCAGACUAAAAUUGUGGGCGUGGCA